GCCGUCGCGCGUCAAUUCCAAUACCGCCAGAAUGGUGCACUCUAAAGUAGUCAUUAUCGGCUCCGGCCCUGGUGCCCACACUGCCGCUAUCUAUCUCUCGCGCGCAGAGCUCCAGCCAGUCCUCUACGAGGGCAUGCUCGCCAACGGCACCGCCGCCGGUGGUCAGCUCACGACGACCACCGACGUCGAGAACUUCCCCGGAUUCCCCAGCGGCAUCGGCGGCGCCGAGCUCAUGGACAACAUGCGCGCCCAGUCCGAGCGCUUCGGCACCGAGAUCAUCACAGAGACCAUCUCCAAGCUUGACCUCUCCUCCCGGCCCUUCAAGAUGUGGACCGAGUGGAACGACGACGAGGGCAGCGAGCCCGUCCGCACCGCUGACGCCGUCAUCAUUGCCACAGGCGCCAACGCCCGCCGUCUGAACCUGCCCGGCGAGGAGACCUACUGGCAGAACGGAAUCAGUGCCUGUGCCGUCUGCGACGGCGCCGUGCCCAUUUUCCGUAACAAGCCCCUGUACGUCAUUGGCGGUGGUGACUCCGCCGCCGAGGAGGCCAUGUUCUUGGCCAAGUACGGCAGCAGCGUGACUGUUCUCGUUCGCAAGGACAAGCUGCGUGCUUCGAACAUCAUGGCUGAUCGUCUCCUUGCCCACCCCAAGUGCAAGGUCCGCUUCAACACCGUCGCUACCGAGGUCAUCGGCGAGAACAAGCCUAACGGCCUCAUGACCCACCUCCGUGUCAAGGACGUUCGCUCUAACGAGGAGGAGGUCGUUGAGGCUAACGGUCUUUUCUACGCUGUUGGCCACGACCCCGCCAGUGGUCUCGUCAAGGGCCAGGUUGAGCUUGAUGACGAGGGAUACAUCAUCACCAAGCCCGGUACCAGCUUCACUAACGUCGAGGGUGUCUUCGCCUGCGGUGAUGUUCAGGAUAAGCGCUACCGCCAGGCUAUCACCAGUGCCGGAUCUGGUUGUGUCGCUGCUCUCGAGGCCGAGAAGUUCCUCGCCGAGACCGAGACUCAUGAGGCAAAGCCCGUGCUCUAA